UGUUUCGUCGUCAAGGAGCGUGUGAUUGUAUCAUUACCUCCCUUGUCAGCUUAUUAUUACCUCUCCCUGCAAAAAAAAAAAAGUGUGUGCAGAACAGUGCGUGGUGUCAGUUCGUGGGAUAUUGUUAUUUCUGGACGGACAUUUUAUAAACUCAAAUGCUUGAGAGAUCGCUAAAGUAAGAAGAGGAUUUUCGAAACCCAUUGAUCUAGUUUCAAGUCGUCAAUCCCUACAAGAAAAUGACAGAAGGAAAAUCCAUUGACAGCUUAGCCAUCCCUAAACGUCAGAAAGUGUUUGACAAGACACUGCUGCCUGCUGGUGAUGUAUUGCCAGUUUGGCAGAAUGUGUCACUAGAUACAAAGCUACCGAUUCCACCCAGUCCCAGAGAUUGCUUUAUACUCUACACUAACAAGCUAGGAGAACCAAAGUAUAAAUCCUACCAGAGAUAUGAUUUUGACCUUUCCAAUCCUAGAGGGAGAGAAGCGCCUGGACCCUAUGACUCUCUGACAGAUCCUUCUUUGAAAUACUAUUUUAAUUCUCCACGAACAAAGCAGCACCUGAUUGAGUCUGGCCUGAUUACAGAUGCUGGGGAGAUUAAAUGUUCCAUUAAAGAAUUCAACCAGUACAGGGAGUUCAUCAGAUAUAGGGCAGUGACAGAGCUGGCCUUACAGAAGAGAAGAGAGAAGAGGGAAGAAGAAGAACAGUUCAAUAGAAUGUUGAUUGAAUGGCCAAAAGUUCACAAGCUUGCUAAAGCAGAAAGAUUGAGACUAACACGAAGUGAGCCGCCACCACGGGAGAAUGUUGAAGCACUAGAGAUGUACAAAGAAGAUUUGACUUCAAAAUACAAGAGGAAAGAAAAGGCCAAAUUGGCUAAUAAAUUGAAAAGAAAAUUGAAAAAAAAGGAAAGGCAGUCGUCUCAAGAUGUGGAGAAUGAAGAAGAAAUUAAAGAGGAGGAUGGCGAUACUCAAGUGAGAUCUAGAAAAGUUGAGAACAAGGCAAGCAAAACAAACGAUGUCGGUGAUAAAACAAAUAGAAGUGAUGCUGGGAAAGAGUCCACAACGAUGUCUAGUCAUCGGGGAACGGUGCUGAUUCAUGAAAUGAGACAACGAGAGGAAGACUUGAGGCGGAGACUGGAAGAACAGAGGCGGCGUAAGAAAGAAGAUCUGACUAAAAAGAUUGAAGAAAGCUGGCACCAGAGACAACAGCGGCAGCAGAUGUUGUUACAGCAAGAGGCCGACAUUGAGGCCAGGAUCAAAGAAAAGCGCAUGCUCCUGAUCAAGGACAGGGAGAGAACUCUGGAACAGCAGCGGAAGAAGCAAGAGAAGAACCUGCAGAGAAUCAAGCAGGAGCUGUUCCCCAACAAAAAAAACGGCAACAGAAAGAAGGAGGACUCGGAGAAACAUGGGGACAGAGAGGAAAAGAGAAGUGACAACUCAGAAGAUGAAGAUGAAGCUUACAAAUCUGAUGUUAGCUAGUUAAUGUUUGUACAUCAAAGGUGAGGCAAACUUUGUAGAUAAGGGGCAAUAAUCUAUGUAUGGCACUUACACUAAGAUGAUGUGUACAGUUUUUUGUAUUCAUUUUAUUAUACCGUGAUCAUUUAAGAAAGCAACUUUUAGCACUUUUAACAACCCUCUACAAGCUAAUUAAUUUGAUUUCAAUAAAUCACCAAUCCCUUAGUUUGUUGGGGCACCACACAUGAUUUUUCUGUCAACUGUCUCCAUUCCUGUCUUUUGCCUUGGAUAGAAUCUCUUUCAACGACAGGCCCUUCCAUUCUUUGAUGCUGUCUUCCCAUCACUUUCUCUGUCUGCCUCUUCUUCUUUUCCACCAUAUUGUUCCCUGCAGGAUGAUCUUUGCAAGCUCCCAGGACCUCAAGAUAUGGCCUUACAGUUCAAGUUUGCAUUAUUUGACGGUGGUUAGCAGGUCAUUGUGGGACCCAAUUUCCAUUGUAAUCCUGUUUUGAAUUUCAUUUGUUGUGUGGUCUUUGUAGGUGAUACUGGUACUUAAAAUUCUUCUAUCUGACAAGUAAGCCAAUAAAACAUGCAGUAAGCAGCUUGCAAAGUUUUCAAUUAUUUCUUCAGCUUCUUUGUAGCGAAAUAAUUGUUGUAAUAUGAUUUACUGUCUUGCCAUUGAUGCAAAAAAUUAAAAUUAUCAGAAUCUAAUUUUUUUUUAAAUUACUUUUUAUACAACUAGAUGGAAGAAAAUCUACAUUAUAAGUUUUGUUCUUUCUGGGUUUUUUUAUCACUUCAAAAAAAAAUUUUUUAUGUUUUUUUUUUCCUGUUAGCUCUGACAGACUUGGUAUGAUUUGUGUAUUAUUUCUUUGAAUUCAAUAGAAGGCAAAGAAUAUUGAAUCAUUAAAAAUGUGUGCAGUUUCAUCACAAAUUUUCAAUU